AUUUAUAAAAACAAUAUGCUUAUAUAAUGCAUCAGGAUAAACCUUAUUCUUGUAACAUGGUGUAGAAUUUACACGUAGCAUGAUUUGGUGAAAUGUUUUCUUUUAAAUUAUUAAACUUUGUUCAGAGUACAGUAUUUAAAUAAAAAUAAAUUAAAACUAAAAUAUAUCUUAAAAAGAGACUAUAAAGGCGGAAACGCUCCUCCGAAAAUGUCAAUUUUCAUAUCUGUUUAAAUAUAACAUGUAAACAAUCUUUGUGACAUUUUGCUUCUGCAAUUUGAUUUCAAUAAGUUUGACCCUUUGUUUUAUUUGUCAUUGGUAUUCCAACAUUUUUCACAAUAUAUCUUCAUUUUGUAACAGUCAAACUUUGAUUAUCUCCAAUGACGUCAAAAAAUGGUCAAAUGAAUACAAUGUGUUUAUAAAAAAAUGAAUUGAAUUUUUUAUGCCCUUCGAAGGACAGCAUAAAGUAAUCAGACCGUCUGUCCUCGUGGUUUCCUAUCAAAAACUGAAGAACGCUUACGCCCAGGAACCUCAAACCUCGUACGCAGAUAACAGGCUAGCUGUUGCUCCAAGCGCAUCAUUUGUUGUUCAACACAGAGGACAAGAGAAUGCAGGCACUGGAGAGAAAGGUUCACAAAGUGUUGUUCGUGAGGCCUCAGAUAUGCAUGAUGAUCUAACAAACCCGACUGCAAUGCAGCGAAAGACUGGGUCUUCAGGAAAUUUACAUGAUGAUCCAUCAAAGCAGCCAGGAAUAAAAGAAAACACUGUGACAGCUGAAGAGUCUGUGGUCGAGCUUCAACAAGUCAACCACAGGUUCUAUGAGAGGGAGGAUGUUGUUAAAGUGGAGAUGCAUUUGUGGAAGGUAGACAAGGACAGCCUGGUGGUCAACUUCUGUCCAUAUACUGUAAAUGUCACGUUCCAGACUAGGGAUGCUCAGUUCCUGAAGCUUUACAAGGGCAGCACAGAGCAAACCAAGUUCAGCUGGAAUAUAAGACUCAAGGGUCAGGCACAAGAGGACAAGUGCUUGGUCGAGGUCUAUCCUUCUUUUGUUAACCUGAAAAUUACAAAGAAGGUGUCUGGCUGCUGGGGAGAGCUAGAGAACCUCAAGAGAACAGAGUCUGUGGUUGAACUUCAACAUGUCCACCACACCUUCACUGAAACUGAUGGUAUGAUUUUAGUGAACAUGUAUGUUAAAGAAGUGGACAAGGACAACCUGAUGGUCAACUUCUGUCCGGAUACUGUACAUGUCAAGUUCCGGACUAGGGAUGCCCAGUUCCUGAAGCUUUGCAGGGGCAGCACAGAGCAAACAAAGUUCAGCUGGACUAUAAGACUCAAAGGUCGGGCACAAGAGGACAAGUGCUCGUUCAAGGUCAGUUUAUUUGCUGUUUCUCUGAAUAUCUCAAAGAAGGUGUCUGGCCGAUGGGGCGAUCUGGAAAACCUCAAGAUAUUAGAGGCUGUGGAUAAAACCCCAGGAAAUCAUGAUAAAAAAACACCAAUACCUUCUCCACGAUUGCGUAAACAGCAAGAAAAUGGCAAACCAGUUAAAGCUAUUGAUAAUCUGAAAGCAACAAACAUCCAGGGAACAAUUCACAUUGGUAUGGGUUUUUUAAAGGCAUUAUCUCAUGCAGACACUGGGAAUGGCAGAGCCGGAAGUCAAGAUCAAAGUCCACCUGGAGCCGCUCUCCAAAGUCAAACAGACAGGGCGAAUGCUGAAAAAGAAGGCAUGCAUGUUGGAAAUCCCCAAGCAUCAACUCCUCAGAGUACACUGAACACUGAUGAGAAAAGAAAGUAUCGUGUCCCAGGUCCACUCACUCCUAAUCAACCUGGACGACAAGAACGUAGAGACAAUGAACUUAAAGGCACACCAAGUGUUGGUCACGAGGUCUCAGGAGUUCAACAUGAUACAGCAGUAAAACAGCAAAAGGCUGAGCCCUCAGGAGAUCAAAAUACGGAUCCAACAAACCAGCCAGGAAUGGGAAAAGUCACUAGGACAAAUGCAGGAACAAAUCCAGCUUCGGAUCUUCAAGCCACUCAACAAAACAGUUCAGGUGAUGAAGGAAAUGGAAAUGCUAAGCCAAGAUUAGAUGCCAAGAUGACAGCAAGUUCAGCUGAUAGUUCAACAGUUGAUAAUAAAGAAGCUAUUCACCCACAAAGUUCAGGCGAUGAAAGAAAUGUUGAUCAAAGACCACAUCCAAAGACCACAGCAGAAUCAGCUUAUAGUUUAACAAAACAGCCAGAAAUGAGCCUAGUUGCUGAUAAAGAAGAUACAGCUGAUGUCAAAGACUUUUUAGGCUCUCAAGAUUCAAUCAGCUCCAUCGAGUCCUUUGAAAUUCUCGAUCCGAAAGAAGCAGAUUGCAAAGAACAGGAAAACAAUGACAACACAACCCAAGAUAAAUUCCCACCCGACAGAACAUCCUUUAAAUGUAUAAAUAGCAUGCAACCAAGAAAUAAAUCAGAAGCUGCACAAGUACAAGAAAAACCUUUAUCUAAUAACCAGUUUAAUAUCAAAGUUCAAGGUACUCUUUUAAUAGUUCAAGACAAACAUAAUCCGAGAUGUAAACUUGCUUUGCGAGGAGCAAAGGAUGCUUAUUUUGAAGGGGAUCUUUUAUGUGUUGAUGGUAGACGUUUUGAUUUGUUUGUUGAUGAGAACUUCCUAAAGUGUAAUGAAGUACAAAGUCUUUUAGGUCAAGAAACCAAAAUACAGGUAAUAGAAAAACGGGGGAACUGCAGCGAUAUGCUUAAAAAAGAUGACCAUUGUAGUGAUUUUGGAUCCCAAUCUGUUAAGCAGAAAAGAAAUGAGCAUAUCAUUGAUCAUGUCCCAAUGAUUGUGGUAAAAAUCAUAUUGCAGCAUUCGUUUAAAUCAGAAUUAAGCACAAAGUUUCCUUGUGCUGAAAUCAAAGCUGAAAAUGUUAAUGGUAAUCAUACAAACAUCAGGAUAAUUGGAUCAUGGGAUUGUUCACAGUGGUUUAUAAAGGAAAUACAGUAUUGUCUAAUGUACUUUAAUGAAGUUAAAAAUGGUGGUACAAUCCCGAAGUUGCCUGAUAUCGUGGAAAAUUACUUGUCGAACUGUUAUGGCAAGCUGGGAACAGUUUUAUGGGACAUUGUUCCUGAGAAAAAACAAAUAUUUGUUUGGUGUUCCACUACAUCACCUUCUGCUGAGGAAGUGGUACACACAUUGAAGAGAGCAAUCAGAAAGGUUGAACUUUCCUAUGAUUGUGAUGACUCUGCUUUGGCCACAGGGAGGGAGAAAAUGAGGAAAAGAUUUAAUGUUUUACAUGAAGAACUUCAUUGGAACGCUGAAGGAAACCACACUUUGUGUAUGUUUUGCUUUAAAGAAGAAUAUGAAGACAUCAAGAAAGAGAUGCAAAACAUUUUUUAUUAUCAAAGAACAACACAUGAAGAGUCGGGCCAUUCAAAUGAUGCUACAGUCAGUGAUCAUAGAGCUCAUUACUCUAUUGUGAAUGGAAGUGGCCAAACCAUUACAGUUUCAAAUGAAGAAGUUGUGAAUUUAAAAGCAGAUGCUUUUGUUGUUCUAAAGGAAAAAGAAAUCAUAGGAGAUUCUAGCAAAUAUGACAGCAAUUUGCCUGAGAAAGAAAGCAUGCAAGAUCUCCAAGAGAAGCUCAAUAUUGGUCCUUCUACAAUAAAAUUAACAGGAUAUAAUGGUAAGGGUAGAGUUCGUAAAAGAGGCAAUAAGUCAUUGCCUUAUACAGGCGAAAUUUCCCCUAAUUGUGAAAAUGAGCUUAACGAUGAAUGCAGUUAUAACAAAACAUCAAAUGAUGACGCUAUCAAAGCAAAACACAAUGCAUCAGGUAGCAAAACAGAUUUGCACAACAGAAAUAAUACACACCCUGCAGCAGAUUCUGAGUAUGAAUCAUCGUCAAAUGUUGUAAGUUCAGGUGGAGCUUCUAAAAAGCAAGCAUUUCAAAUUAAGCAAGAUUCUAGCACUGUAAAACCAAAAUCUAAAAGCUCUUGCUGUGAUAUCCAAGCCAAUUCAUCUGAAAGGAGUCGGACAAAUGGCACAUACACCUUUUCCAAAGAAGGGGGACAUUGGUGCAUUGUUGAUGCAAAGUCGGAAGAAAUGCUAACCGUUCUAGAUUUUGAAGCUGAUGAUAUUUACUUUGAAGGGAUGAAGUUAGUUGUUGUAGAUGAUGAAUAUCAUACAAUCAAAGAAGACGAUGGAGUAGUAGAAUUAAGAAGUGUUCAUAAACAAUCAUUGAUCUCGAAAAAUAAUGAUAACCUACUACAUAACACUACAAAGAGCUUCCAGUGUAAAUCGACUCAAACAAUCCAUGCAGAUUUUGAUUGUGAAGGAAUACAGAAGCAAGACGAAGCACCACCACCUCUUCCUCCACGAAAUCCUAUAUAUACAACUGUGGUCGAAAGUAAAGCAUUUGGGAAUCCAUUAUCAGCAUAUACACAGAGCCCCAAAAUCACUGAAAAAGAAGCUUCAAGAUCGGCACAUGACUCAACCAGACCAAGCCUCAUAGGACGAAACAAACUAAGAGUGCAAGUUUUGAAAGAUGAUAUAAUAAAUGUCAAGGCAGAUGUUAUUGUUAAUUCGACAAGUGUUGACUUAAACUUGGACCGUGGACAUGUGUCAUCACAGAUAAAUAAACUUGCAGGAACAGAACUGCAAAAAGCUAUGUAUAGAAAAGCCAAGGAGAUCAACUUCUGGGAAUACAUUGUUACUUCGGCCUUUGAUCUAAGCAAUUGUAAGCAUAUAUUUCAUUGUGCUCUCGAACCAUUGAACGACAAUGAUGGAACAAAUCAGGAGAAAAGCUGUCUAUCGAAGAUGCGAGCAACGGUUCGACUGCUUUUGAAUGAAGCAAAUAGAAUGAGCUGCAAUUCCAUUGCUCUGCCGGCACUUGGAACUGGCUAUCUGGGUUAUAAACCCAGGGAUGCAGCAACGGCCAUAUUCCUAGCUGUUAGUGACUUUGUACAAUUUCAUGGCGAUAGGAGUCAUUUGGAAGAUAUAACAAUUGUCAUAUAUCAGACAGAGGAAAACACAUUUCAGGCAUUUAAGAAAGUAGAAGCAGAAAUGAAACCAGAGUUGGCUACCCUGACGCCGCGUUUUUGAAACGGGUAAGAGGAAAAAUGACUACGGGGCAUAACUGGACACUUUUUAAGCAAUAGUUAUCGACAUUGCUUCACGUUUUGGCAUUGGUGAGGUUCAUAAUAAUAUCUUAAAUGGAUUACAAACUAUGAUCCAAACAGCAUUAUUAGACUAGAAUGUGCAUUUUGUGUUAUUCUGGGAAGCUGAUUUCUAAGUGAUAUUUCGAUUAGAAAAUCUUUUCUUAAGCCUACUGUAAAGAAUGUGUGAAUGAAUGAUUUGUAUAAAUGUAUGAAUUGUGGGAAUUUAUAAAUGUUCCGAAAUAUUUUAAUUAAUAACCAACUAUUUUUAUAGUUAAACGUUUAUUUCAAAAUUUCGUGUAGUGUAUUUGUAUAAUUCCGAUGUGUGCAUGUAGUUGAUGAAUUAUUAUAAAUAACAAUAAGCUUUUUUGUACAAACAAAAUGUUGUCAUGUCAGAAUAAUUCGUGCCUUAGAAGGUUCAAUUUUUCUAAUUAAUUGCAUUUUGAAACGUUUUUGUGGCAUUCAUGCACAGAAGUUUUAGCUUUGCUCUUUGCUAGAUCUAAUGUACUACAUUAUAACAUUUCACAUCACUUUAACCGUGUGCAUACUCACUUUUAUAGUCCUUGCCUGUCUGCAUUUUGUUAUAUGUAAGGCUUGUUUUAAAGAAAAAUAUCAAUAGGUUGUAAAUAAUCGAAAAAAUGAAAUUCACUGUUUCUGUUAAAUGAUAAAGAAAAUUUGGUUGACCUAACAAAACUACUAUAUUUUAAGUAAGUAAGUAAGUAAGUAAGUAAGCAAGUAAGGAAGUAAGUAAGUAAGUAAAUAAGUAAGUAAGUAAGUAAGUAAGUAAGUAAGUAAGUAAGUAAGUAAGUAAGUAAGUAAGUAAGUAAGUAAGUAAGUAAGUAAGUAAGUAAGUAAGUAAGUAAGUAAGUAAGUGUAAGUUAGUGCAAUUAAGAAAGUAAGUAAGUAAGUAAGUAAGUAAGUAAGUAAGUAAGUAAGUAAGUAAGUAAGUAAGUAAGUAAGUAAGUAAGUAAGUAAGUAAGUAAGUAAGUAAGUAAGUAAGUGUAAGUUAGUGCAAUUAAGAAAGUAAGUAAGUAAGUAAGUAAGUAAGUAAGUAAGUAAGUAAGUAAGUAAGUAAGUAAGUAAGUAAGUAAGUAAGUAAGUAAGUAAGUAAGUAAGUAAGUAAGUAAGUAAGUAAGUAAGUAAGUAAGUAAGUAAGUGUAAGUUAGUGCAAUUAAGAAAGUAAGUAAGUAAGUAAGUAAGUAAGUAAGUAAGUAAGUAAGUAAGUAAGUAAGUAAGUAAGUAAGUAAGUAAGUAAGUAAGUAAGUAAGUAAGUAAGUAAGUAAGUAAGUAAGUAAGUAAGUAAGUAGGUAAGUGUAAGUUAGUGCAAUUAAGAAAGUAAGUAAGUAAGUAUGUAAGUAAGUAAUUUAUUCCUGUGACGUCUGCUAUUCAAACAAAUUGCAGUAUAUCUAUGUGUAUAUGCAUAUAUCAUUUUUCAACAACAGUUACAAUAUAUUAUAAUUCCAUAAUUACGAGCAUGUUAUUUAUAAAUAAAUGAUUCUUCGUAUCUAUGUUAAAAUGUAUUGUUAUGUUAAAUACCAUGGUAUAUACGCCCUAUGUUUUAUUUUGUUGUUGUUGUUACUGUUGUUUUGUUAGUGUUAUUGUUGCGUUCAAAGACAUAUAUACCUCUUAGAAUGUACAGAAUGUGUGUAUUUUCUCGGGUGUGUGCGUUAUUUUUAUGUUUGUUUUUUGAGUAUUUGUGAGUAGAAAUGUUUUCAAACAAAAUCAAUCUUGACAUUAAAAUACCGAG